AUGUCGGGGCUCACUCCAUACGUCAUUUUUGUUUCUUUUGCUGCUGUUCUAGGCUCUUUUCAAUAUGGUUAUCAUAUUGGUGAGCUAAACACACCUCAAAGUAUAAUGUCAUGUCAGGGUGUUAAAAUUCCUAACCCGGAAGAUUCUGAAUACCUUCCACCUUGCAUAAAGAUGAAUGCUGCUCAAUUCGCUUUUGUAACUUCCGUAUUUACCUUGGGAGGUCUUGUUGGGUCCCUGUUUGCUUCACGCGUAGCGGACAGCCAAGGGAGACGAAAAACUUUGAUUUUGAAUGGAAUAUUUUUGGCUCUAGGACCAUUGGUAAUGGGAUUUGCUACAAAUAUAACUGCCUUGGUCAUAGGAAGAGCAAUUGCCGGUAUUGGUUCCGGAGUGGUAACAGUGGUUGUUCCCGCGUAUCUUGCCGAAAUAUCUACCCUAGAGUUUCGUGGAACCUUUGGUGUAAUGAAUCAAUUGGGCAUUGUUUGCGGCAUACUGUUUUCCCAAGUCGAAGGUCUCUAUCUUUCCACCAUACCAGGUUGGCGUCUAAUUCUUCUUAGUGGCUUUUUAGUGUCAAUCGUUCAAACGACUUUUCUCUUGUUUUCCGUUGAAUCUCCUCGUUUCCUUGCAUCUAAACCUGGUGGAUACAAUUCGGCUAAGCGAGCCCUACAAAAAUUAAGAGGAUCCAUUGAGGUAGAGGAUGAACUUAGUGGAUGGCGGCAGGUGGCAUCAGAAGAAGGAUUAGAAGGUCUUAUUUCUGAGGAAGAACGUGAACAAAAUUUAGAAAAUAAUGAUGAUGUAAUUAGAGAGUCACCCGCAGUCGUCUUUCACGCGCGUAAUUCUGAUGAAAAUUUUAAUUUUUGGAAACUUAUAAGUAAUCCUCACUAUUUCCCUGCAUUAAAAGUUUUAAUACUUGCGCAACUUACUCAGCAAUUAUCUGGAGUAAAUGGUGUAAUGUUUUAUUCAACAUCUAUUUUAUCUAAAAUAUUUCCAACCAUGAGCGAUUUAAUCACAGUUUUUAUAAGUAUAGUGAACGUAUUUAUGACAGUUGUCUCAGCCUAUUUAAUUGACAGAACUGGACGCAGAACAUUAUUAUUAUAUUCAUCAGGACUUAUGGGUCUUUGUAGUGCUAUUUUAGCUUUGAGUCUUGAUAAUAAUUUUGGAUUUCUUUCAGCCAUUUCAAUUAUCGGUUUCGUUGCAGCAUUUGCUAUAGGACUUGGACCAAUUCCAUUUUUAAUAAUUCCCGAAAUUUUUGAUACUAAAGCCACUGCCACUGCCGCAAGUCUUGGAUUAACAUUAAAUUGGUUUUCUAGUUUCCUUGUCGCAUUUUUAUUUCCAAUAUUAAAUGAGCAAAUAGGGGGAAAUGUAUUUUUCAUUUUUGCUCUUUACUUAUUUAUGGCUUUCAUUGCUAUUAAACGUUUUGUACCGGAAACAAAGGCCAAAACUGUUGAAGAAGUUUGGCGUGGUUGGACUGGAAAAGUUAUAGACUAG